AUGGGUUGUUUCUUCCACUUGCACAUAGCUUGCUCUGUAAUAGCUCAUCUCUUUGUGUUUGGAUUGAGUCAAUCAUCCCCUGCAUCAAGCCCAUCGCCAUCAUCGUUGCCACGAAUUCCGGGCAUCAGGAGGGUAGUCGGGCACCAUCGAGAUCGAUCCUUCAUCGGUGGAGACGUGAUUCUAGGUGGGUUCUUGAUGGCCAUAGUUGCAGGCAUCUUCUGCUACAUAAGGGUGACGAGGAAGAACCAAAUGCUGGUAACUCGGCCAUAA